AUGAAGUUAUUCGAUGUUCUUUUCGCUGUGCUGGCUGUUGUCCUGAUGACUGCCAUUCCUGCUUUUGGAAGUGUGGUUCCCCAGUGUCCAACUGGCGAAGAAGCUGCCCAGAGUGGAGGAUACCAGAUUACAUCGUUGUCUCGAAAUGCCCAACGACCUGUUCCCGGAAACUACAAUACCGGCAGGAGGCACUAAUGGAACAAGAAGUGAAGGCUUCAAAGUGACAAUGAUAUGACCUGUGUCUGCACAACAUAUAAUGCUCAUCAAAAUAAAUUAAAUCUCGUUUGGUCUGGAAAAUACAAGUGCAGUAAAAUCAUUUUAGGUGGAAAAUUCAGAGUGAGAACAAAUAGCAAAGAAUUCUACACAUCUCUUGAAGUAA